UUGACCCUCUCUAAAACCCUCCCUGUCUUUGCAGAGAAAUUCAGCCAUGGAAGAAGAUAUGGAGGUGCCGAAAUUUCGAGACAUCAGGCGCUACUUCUGUGAUUACUGUGGAAUUUCCAGAUCCAAGAAAUCCCUCCUUAAAUCCCAUGUUCUUGCCCAUCACAAGGAGGAGAUGAACGAGGAAAGUGUUAGUGAUGAUGGGGAAGAACAGCCUGAACGAUCCAAUACUUGCCAAGAAUGUGGUGCUACGUUUAAAAAACCUGCUUACUUAAAGCAACACAUGCAAAGCCAUUCACUUGAGGUAUUUGUUGAUGAUUACUGGUUAUGUUUCGUGUUGCCUCAUAAUCUUAUUUCAUAGCUCUUUAGGUAUCGGUUUUGACACGUCAGGGAGCUAAAUGUGCAGCAUCUUUGUGGGUUUGGUUUCUUUGGUAGUUUAUCCUAUGAUGUUUUUGAGUUUCCAAAUUGAAGAUUAAUGAUUUUGCAGGAAGUUGAGAAAAAUAGUUUUGGAUUUAUAGCGUGAAGCAUUGGAUCCCACACAAGGAACUCCAAAAUGCGAGAGGCUGCAUCUGAUACUUGAAUGGACCAGUAUCAGGUUGGGAGACCACCUGAGAAGCUCCAUCAAGUGUGCCUCAGUCACGCACUGUUCCACUCUGAGAGACCAUUUAUCUGUUCAGUUGCUGAUUGCCUUGCUAGCUACAGAAGAAAAGACCAUUUGAAUCGCCACCUUCUUCAGCACCAAGGCCAACUUUUCAAGUGUCCGAUUGAGGGCUGUGGCCGGGAAUUUGCAUUUCAAGGUAACAUCAAAAGACAUGUGAAAGAAGUUCACAACAAGGAUUCCCCUGCCCAUGAUGUUGUCCGUCAGAAGCAACAUGUCUGCCAGGAAAUGGGAUGUGGAAAAGUUUUUAAGUAUGCAUCAAAGCUGAGAAAGCAUGAGGACUCUCAUGUUAAGCUGGAUUCAGUUGAGGCCUUCUGUUCUGAACCAGCUUGUAUGAAAUAUUUCACUAAUGAGGAAUGCCUUAGGGCUCAUGUGCAAUCCUGCCACAGUCAUAUUACUUGUGAAAUAUGUGGGACCAAGCAGCUGAAAAAGAACUUCAAGCGGCAUCUUCUCUCACAUGAGUCAAGAACUCCCUCUGAGAGAAUUAAAUGUGAUUUUGAGGGUUGUCUCCACACAUUUUCAACUAAAUCAAAUCUCCGUCAGCAUGUCAAGGCUGUGCACCAAGAACUUAGACCUUUUGUCUGUGGCUUCUCAGGAUGUGGCAUGAGGUUCUCAUACAAACAUGUUAGAGAUAACCAUGAGAAAUCUGGGACACACGUUUAUACUCCAGGGGAUUUUGAAGAGGCAGAUGAACAAUUCCAGUCUAGGCCAAGGGGUGGGCGAAAGAGAACACUCCCCACGGUGGAAAUGCUAGUACGGAAGAGGGUUACUCCACCACAAGAGGAUCCUACAAUGGAUCAGGAGGCUAGUCUCAAUUGCUCUCACCAGAUAUGAUUUGAUUAGUACCGCGUACCAUAGGAUAAAAUUAUAUUUGCUUUUUGAAAUUAGGCACUGAUAUAUAUGUAUCUUGCUUUAAGAUGGUGUAUAUAAUCUGGCCCUGGUGUGUUUAAAUUGUUUCUUAAUAGUAAGAUCUUUUCUUUUUUAUUCAAGUUUCUUUAUGGGCUCUUUUAUGCUGCCUGGUUCUCUCCUUCAAACUCUAUCCAUUCGAUGAUUAGAAGUUUCAAACUUUGAGACUCGUAAUGUCGAAAUUCAAGCUCUUAUAAAGUGGGAAGAGGGGA